AUGGCAAUCCGUGGCCUGACCGAGAAGUUGAUUGGAUUAAGUACCGCAAGCAGAUCGUCGAGACCGCAUCCUCUGGCACGGUUGACAAGCCCAGAAAUCGAUAUUGCCCGUCAAGUUGUUACCAAAGCCCGCUCUGGCCAACUCCUGCUUUUCCGAGACAUUUUUGCUGAAGAGCCAGCGAAAGCGGAUCUUGUCCCUUUCCUGGAGGCUGAGCAUUCUGGCCAGCUCACAGAGGAGACAUCGAGGCCCCCACGUCUAGCGAGGGUACAAUAUGAUAAAAUAGGCGACGAUGGAUCUCACGCAUAUACAGAGUCCGUUGUCGACGUUACCGCUCGCCAGGAAGUCCUGCAUCGUGUCGUUGAGAAGGAUGUCCAGCCAUCUUUGACCCCUGCUGAGUUCAAGAGAUUCCAAGAUGCAUGCAUUGCAUCUCCAAUGUGGAAGGAGGCCAUUGAACAGUUCGAAUUGCCUGACGGUUUUGCUGUGUGUAUCGAUUCAUGGCCAUAUGGCGGACCUGACCCCGAAGAAACUAUUCCUAGGUAUACCCAAGGUCUAUGUUUUGCGAGAGAUACACGAAAAGGAGAGCAUUCGAAUCACUAUGGUUAUCCGCUUCCCAUCAUUCCCGUCAUGGACACGCAUUCCUCCAAGCUCGUAAGAAUUGACAAGCUAGCCACUGGAGGAACAGAGGACGCGCUUGAGUACAAUACCCAUCCGAAGAACGUUCUUGAUCAUUGCACCUCUGCAGAAUACGUGCCCGAGCUCCUCUCAAUCGAUUUGCGCAAGGACCUUAAACCGUUGAACGUCGUGCAGCCGGAAGGACCUUCGUUCAAAGUCACGGAUGAAAGCUUGAUCGAAUGGCAAAAAUGGCGAUUCAGACUCGGCUUCAACCCUAGAGAGGGCGCCACUUUGCACGACAUUCACUAUGAUGGGAGGAGUAUCAUGUACAGGCUCAGUUUGUCAGAGAUGACAGUGCCGUAUGGGGAUCCACGACCUCCAUUCCAUCGAAAACAUGCCUUCGACUUUGGGGACGGAGGAGCAGGCAGAGCAGCAAACAAUUUAUCUCUGGGAUGUGAUUGCCUUGGUGUUAUCAAAUACUUCGAUGCAGUGGUUGCAGAUACAGAGGGUAAGCCUUCGGUCUCCAAAAAUGUCGUCUGUCUCCACGAGCAGGACGCCGGCAUCGGUUGGAAGCAUACAAACUUCCGCAACAACCGUGCUGCAGUCACCCGCUCACGUGAACUGGUCGUCCAAUUUGUCGUCACGCUCGCCAACUACGAAUACGUGUUCGCAUACAGAUUCGAUCAGGCCGCAGGCCUCACCGUGGAAACUCGAGCCACCGGCAUCGUCUCAGUAGUGCAUAUUGACAAAGACAAAACUUCGCCGUGGGGCAAUGUUGUCUCGCCGGGUACUCUCGCUCAAAACCACCAACACCUUUUCGCUCUUCGACUGGACCCAGCAAUCAACGGGCACCGCAACACGGUCUUCAAAGAAGAAACCCUCCCCCUUCCCAUGUCUCCAUCCGCCAACCCGCACGGCAACGGCUACCGCGUCGUCAGCGAACCCAUCACCAAAUCCUCAUUCCUAGACGCCUCCCCAUUCACCAAUCUCACCAUCAAACUCUCCAACCCUCACAUCCUCAACGCUAUCUCUCGCAAACCAAUCUCCUACAAAUUUAUCCCCAGCCCCUCCCAACUCCUCCUCGCCGACCCGAAAUCCACCCAAGCCGCCCGUGCUCGCUUCGCAACCCACCACGUCUGGAUCACCAAGUACCGCGACGGCGAGCUCUUUGCCGCCGGUGAAUUCACAAAUCAAUCCUACUCUGAGCGUGGCGGCGUGGCUGAUGCCGUUGCCCGUAACGACGAUGUAGGAGAUGCCGAUGUGGUGGUUUGGAAUGUCUUUGGCUUGACGCAUAACCCGAGAGUGGAGGAUUGGCCCGUCAUGCCGAUAGAGAAACAUGAGCUGCAUAUUCGCCCUGCGGAUUUCUUUGAGUGGAACCCGGCGUUGGAUGUGCCGGGUCAGAGGAAUGAGGCGAGUGUCUCGGUUGAUGGAGAUGGUGGGAAGGAGGACGCAGACUGUUGUAAGGGGGAAGGAGGAAGCGUGCAGGAGAGUGCUGAGACGCAUUGGCAGGGGACGAGGGAUGUGGUGCCGAAUGGGGUUGUGAAUGGAGAUCGAAACGGGGAUGGGGAUGGGAAUGGAGUGAAUGGGCAUUGA